AAUCAUUAUAAUCACCAUCAUCAUCAUCCCUCUCCUCCUCCUCCCCCCCCACCCUUUUCCCCUCCCCGCCCCCCUCCUCCCCCAUCCCCCUUUCCUCCUAUUCCUCCC